AACAUUAUAAUACGGAAAUGUUUGGUUACUUUUUUAUUUGAAAAAAUAACUAAUUACGAAAUUAAAAAUUUUAAUAUAACCAAUGAAUAUGGAGGAAAUCAAUGUGAUAUUUGAAAGAAUCGAAAAUAUUACCAAAACCAAUGAUCCUGAGUUCAUACCAUGGUUAUUGCAAAGUGACGAUACAAGUAGUAAAGAUAAUGAUGCUAUUUUUAUCUCUCAAAGAACUUUUCUUCACAAAAUAUUUAAGGAAAUAGAUGAUUUAGCGGCGUACAUUAAAAACGAUGAUACUGUGCUUAUUAGUGUGAAGAAUCAAAAGCUAUUGAGAACAUGCUUCCAGCUGAUUGUUUCGCUUGGUAUAUCACCAUGUUUGGUGCCCGGUUUGGGUAUCAGUUUGUCUAAAAGAUCAGCAUUUACAGCCAUGUUACCUACUACUGGCUUGUCAGAUGAGCAAAAGUAUGAAUUACUAACAGAUUGUACAGAUUUCUUUGCAAGAAGUUAUACUGUACCUGUUUUAAAGAGUAUAAUAAUCAGUUUCCAUUUAUCAGACUACUUGGCUGCAUUAAUACAACUUUCCUUUGCACCAUUAAAAAAACCUGGAGUUUACACUAAUUUUACAAUGACAAAAGAAUUGUAUGAUAAAUUGAAUAUAGAUAGAAAGAAAUAUAUCAAUAUAUAUGAUGAUUUAGUGAACAAUUGCUUCCAACCUAUACUUAUGAAGGAACUUUUAGUGUUACAAAAUGUAAUAGACAAGACACCUCCUGCAUUUGUUAAGAGGACAAUAACAAAAGAGUUGAGUCGACGGCUUAUAGCACCUGGAGGAUUGCUAAGUCUGAUCAGAUGUUUUAUGGACAGUUUAGAAAUGGAUUCUGGGAUAGAAUGGAAAAAAAUUGACAUAAUUUGCAAAUUGAUUGCAACAAAACAUGGAGAUACUUGUGAUGAUGAAUAUCUGCAAAAUAUUUGCAACCAAUUGAAACAGAUUCUUGUAUUAAAUAAUACUAAAUAUUUAACAACUGCAACAGCCUGUUUAAUAACAUUGAUGCAGAAGUAUCCGGACUCAGCAGCAGUUACUACUUUAGUAAAAGAUGUGUUUCAUACAUUUAAAUGUGAAAAUAUAAUUGAAUCAUAUUUACCAGGAACAAUAAUAUUAACAACACAACAAAUAGAACAUAAAAUGCAAACUUAUCAUUCUUCUUUAAGUUUGCCAAAUCAAGAAAUUGUUACAAAACUCUUAACUCCAAAUUUGCCGUUAUUAUUCCUGAUUAGUAUGAAAUGUACAAACAGAGAAAUGAAAAAGAAAUUAAAUGAGAUUUUAAUUAAAUGUAUGGAGAAAAUGGAUAAAGACGAAAUACCUGGUUUACUGAAAUUACUUUUAUUUGGCAACACAACUAUAUCUAAAGUCAUAGUUGAAGAAAUCCCAGCAGGUUUAAUUUUGAAAGCAGUAAAUAAUACUUAUCCUUCAGAUGAUGCACUUUUCUAUUUCAUAGAAUUAUUCAAACAGAUAACCGAUCACAGUUUUAAUCAAGCUAUAUUAGAAACAGCUUUACAAAUACUAAUUGAUUUAAGUUUGCAAAGAAAUAAAUUUAUAACAGAACCUCUUUUAGCACCUGAAGAUGAACCAGUGUUACUCAAUGAUUUAGAUAAACAAUAUAUUAAUAUUCUUCAAUUAUUAUCUGUGAUAUCAGAUUCAGCAAAAAUAAAUGAAUGUUUGAAAAAAUCUCCUCAAACUGUUUUCAAUUUUAUAGAGUAUUUUCUUCAAGAAAAUAAAAAGAACAGUGAAUGUGAAUCUAUUGCUUUGGUUCUGUUAAACACGAUUUUGCCAAACAUUGAUGAUUUUAGUUUAACCAGUAGAUUAAAAAACAUAAUUCCGAUAUUAGAGAAAAUGGCCCAAAAUGAAUCAAAUACUAAUAGUAUUUUAUGUAAGGAAGCAAUAUUAUUAAUUAAUGGUGAUAAGGUUAAGAAUAAUUCAGCUUAUGAAAAAGCUGUGUCAAAUGCUUUUGAUAAAUUGUUACCUACUAGAGCCCACGGUAUUAUAGAACUAACAAAACUAAUCGAUAAACAAGAUGCUGAAACAAUAUCCAAACGUCAUUUAGUUUUCUGUUUAUUUCAGGAGCAAUUAAAAGAUUCAGAUUCAUACAUUUACUUAGCUGCAAUAAACGGUAUUGCCUCAUUAGCAAUGCAUUGCACUGAAGAUGUACUCAAUGUGCUAUGCAAAGAAUUCCUAAACAUCUCCACUUCAUUUGGAGGUGUUGAAACUAAAGAAAUACAAAAUAAAAUGCAAGAGAUGAGAUUGAAAAUAGGUGAUAUCAUUGUGAAAGUAAUGAAAAGACUGGGUGAUAUGAGUAUCGUCCAUAAAACAAUACUAUUGAAUACAAUGUUGUCUGCGUGCAGAGACCAUGACCCUUUGUUGAGAGCAUCUGCAUUAUCAAAUUUGGCUGAGAUUGCUUUAGUCCUGCAUUAUAGGAUUGGAUCUAUAAUUUAUGAGGUUUUGUUAUGCGUUGGGAGCAUAAUAGAGUCAGAUAAAGCUAUAGAAUGCAGGAGGGCCGCUGUUAUGGUUAUAUCAAGUUUACUCAAAGGUCUAGGAAAGGAAACAUUAAUCCAGCUGAAAGAACACUUACUCCCUCUAUACAGGACUCUAAAUCAACUAUAUAAAGACCCUAAUGAAGACCACGCAGUCAAACUCCACGCACAAAUAGCCCUUGAAGAACUCAAUGACAUAGUGUAUCAGUUUUUACUACCUAAUGUUGAUAUGGAGAAACCAUUUUCGUUACUAACUAAACCGAAAGAUAUAAUCUACAAAUAAAUGUACUAUAUGUUUAA